ACCACCAAAGCGAAUGGGGCCACAAGAUUCAUUCCUGGCUCGCAUCUAUGGAAGCACGACACUCCACCAGCAGAAGACUUGUGCGUCUAUGCCGAGUUGGAACCUGGGGAUGGCUUCAUCAUGCUUGCAUCCUGCUAUCACGGUGGCUCCGCAAACACGACAACGAAUCAAGAGCGUUUGGAAGAGAACCAGUAUCUGAACAAUUCGCCCGAAGUACUAGCCUCGCUCUACGAUGACGAGAUGCUGAAGCUCAUUGGUUACAAUCUCAGCGCACCAUUCUUAGGCUGGAUCAAAGAAGGACAUCCUUUGGCUGCUCUUGGUAGGGCACAGCCUCUGGGAGAUAUGUACUAG